GCCACAGGCCUUAAUUCCAAUGCCUCCAAAGUGCCAAAUGAUUGGGUUAUUAGGCUAUUGUUUUUGUGAUAUUUUGGGUUGAUUUGAACCCAAGAAUUGGAAGAAAAAAAAGAGAAGAGUUGCUCCUCUAAUCUGAGUUGACCACCGCCGAUUAUUGUGCAGCAACCCAAGUCAGAAUAUUGAUCUUCCAUCGUAUCGUCCGGGUGGCAGAUUAGUUGGCAUAACUAUGUCCUCGAUUUUUGAUAAAAUUAUCACGACAAUGGACGAUGCUUUAGGCAAACUUCUUGGGGUGUUGAAGAAUAUCUUUUAUGGAAGAGCUGAGUUUCACGAAGGUGUCUGUAUAGCUUAUGAUCACGUGGAUGAAAUUCUAAAGGCGCUCCACUUGUUUCGCCAUCUUUUAGGUCUUCCAUAUUCUGAUUCUGAUUUAUUUGUAUUCAAUGUGAAUAUAUCUUGCGCAAUACAAGAUUUGGUUCGUGAUCCUCUAAUUGCGUUAAGUCAGGUUUCCUUGGAGUUCGCAAGUUUUAAAACAAAGAUGAUGGACGCUAUAAGAAAUCUUCUUGGCAUUCCCAUUGCUCCACCUGAUCUGGCCCCUACAACCACUCUACACAAUCCUACAUCUAAGGACAUGGAAUCUGUGGAGCGUACUGUUCAUAAUUCAAUGAGAGUUCCUGAAGUUGUUGAUGAUGGUGUUUCUGUUGAAGGUAUUGUUAAUGCCUUUCCAUCAGAUCUUGUAGUUGUUGAUACACCCGUAGAUGCACCGGGUAAGGGGGAAGCUGCGAAGGAUCAAACAUUGAGCAAUGUCAUCAUCACAUGUAGCCUUGUACCUUCGUCCAAAACCGCCCAAGUAGCAGAUGUGAAUUAUACGCAAGCGGACAUCUCACUCUCCUUUGAUAUCAUCUAGUCCUUUGGCCAUGCGAAUAUAGUGGAGUCUGAGUAUUGGGUUUCACCACAAGUAACUAAGUUUGUAUUUGCUCUUUUCUCUUAUGUCCAUCGCUAUACGCCAAUUUGCAGGCUUAAUGAAGAUCUGUCAUCAAG